AUGUAUCUACACGUUGCUGAUUCGGAAACUUUGCCUCCUGGGUGGACUAAAAUUGUUCAGUUUUAUAGCUUAUCGAUUAUCAGUGAAAAUCCUCAAUUAACAGUUAAACGUGAAGGAGGUUUUAAUCGUGUGUUCAAUGCUGAGGACGAGUGUUGGGGUUUCCCUUCGUUCAUUCCUUUGAGUGAAUUAAAUGAACCUAGUAAAGGUUUUCUUGUGGGAGACGUUUGCACAGUCGAAGCAGAGGUAAGGUUGAAUAAUGAAGAGCAAGACAAAAAGGAAAAUGAAAAAGCUGAUCAGAAGCCAACUGCCGCAGAAACAGAAAAAACUACCUCUAAAUUUGACGCUUUGUUUGUUGACAUUCAAAAUAUAUUGGAAGGAGAGAAUAAUAAGUCAGACAACUCUGUAAGCAGAUUUGGCCCUCCUUCAUGGACCAUUGAGGAGACUGUCUAUGCCAAAAAUAUCUUCAAACAGUGCCUGGAUAUUGAUCUUGAUAAUGUGAUUCAAUUAGGUAGAGAUUUUGAGCUCAAGAAAUCACUUUCAAUCUUGCUAAGUAGCAAUGCCUUUCCCGAGAACAUGGUAGAUGAGAUAACAAAGUUUGUGGCUAACUUUGUCCAAAGUUGUGAGCAAUAUGAAGUUGCCAAACAAGACCUAAGGGAGGUCCAAGAGAAGGAGAAGACAAUUGAAGAUCUUAAAACAGACAUGAACCAGAUAUCUUCUGAAUUCUUUCCAAUAAGAAAUCAAGCUGAAGUUGUUGAUAAUGAAAUAGCCGAGCUCGAAAGACAGUUGAUCGAAAGGAAGGCGAAGAAGGCAAGGCUUGGUAAGAUGCUUGAAGUUUUAGCUGGUCGAGCAACCACUUCAAAACAGGCACUGGUCGGUGCCGAACAGGAUCAAGAGAAGCUUUCCAUGCUAAAGAAAAAAGAAGCAGAGAAGGUGAUUGCUGGCAUUAAAAGGUCAUGGGAGUCUUUGAAGCUUGGUUAUUCUAAUAUGCUUUGGUAA